CCCAUCUUCUGCAGCGCCAUGCCGGUUCUUGUGCAGUGACGACGGGCGUAUACCCGUCGUCUCAUCCUGCUUAGAAAAACUAGACUAUAGAGAAUACUCGUAGACCAACCCGAUGUCUUCGACGCACGUCCUCGACUCUACCCCGCCUUCGACUUUCCUUCCGCCGCUCGCGCGUCUGCGUGCAACCUCGACGGAAGACAUAGCCUCGGCUCUCGAGCACAUCCGGCAGCUCUACUGGCCAGAGACAUGCUGCAAAGCUCCUCUUCCGCCUCACUUCACGAUCCCCGUUCGCCAUAUCUCCACGUUGAUACACGACACGACCGUGCCCGAUUCCGGUUACGCAUCCGGCAAUGAGGAUGAAGGUCGAUUGGAGGACGAAGUGCUGCUCGACGAGGACGACGAUGCUCUCGAGGCACUGCGGGCCGAUACUUUCGAGCGCUCGUUCGUGCUCAGGUGGCUGACGGGCCUAAUCGCACGUGGAGAUGCCUGGACGGACACAAUAGACGAAGAAGGUCGACUCGAGGCAAUAGACGAAGCUUCUUCGAUAUUGUCGGCAUUCACUGGGACGGAAGAGGAGGCCGAGGUUGCCGUGACACGCGAGCUGGCGUUCCGAUCCAAGAGUGGUGCUUCGGUCAGCGUCCAGCUCAACGACGCGCCGCUAUCUACCAACGACCACACCUCUGUCGGCCUCCAGAGCUGGGCGAGCUCCAUCGUCCUAGCCGAGCGUAUGUGUACCAGUCCAUCGCGCUUUGGUUUGGGAACAUCGUCGCGUAUACUCGAGCUUGGCGCGGGCACGGGCCUCCUCAGCAUCGUUGCGGCGAAGCUGUCGCGGACGUCGACCGUUGUUGCCACGGAUUACCACCCCGAUGUCCUCGCCAAUUGCCAGGCGAAUAUCCGGACGAAUGCAUCUGGCUCCGCACCCGUUGCCGUGAAGCGGCUGGACUGGCAAUACCCGGAAUACGAUGAUGAACUAACCAUGCCGUUCGACAUCGUGCUGGCGGCGGAUGUCAUCUAUCAUCCCGAACAUGCUCGCUGGCUCAAGGGCUGCGUCGAGAAGACUAUGCGUCCAGGUGGAGUCUUCUGGCUCAUGAUACCCGUCCGCGCUACCGGUCGGCAUGAGGGCAUGUACCGUACGGUGGAGGAGGUGUUCGCGCAGGGUGGUCCUGGGCUGGUCGUCCUCGAGGAGGAGCACGUCAUGCGGCGGGAUGGUGUCGGGCGCGCGGACGAGGUUGGGUACAGACUGUAUAGGAUAGGAUGGGCUGACAAUGCACUCUAAUACAGAGCUC